UCUUUUACCACAAGCCCGCUCAUCAGCUGUUUAUCACACUGAACGUUAUGAGAUUUCAUAGUGAUGUAUUUUUAAGAAAUUAUAUAGACUCAACGUUCAAUUAUUAAAUAGUGAAUGAAAAAAUCUAUCUAAAUAUGCUACGUAGCAGACAUGUUAUGCGUCAGUUGCAGCUGCCACUACAGCGUGCCUACUCAACGGGUAGUAAUCCAUCCGAUGGCAAAGAUCCCGAGGAUCUACAUCCAAUUCGUCGAACUUUUCGAUUGCUUGGAAAUGAUAUGCUUAAGAUCAAGGAGUUCUUUGUGCCAACUGCUGAAAAAUACAAAGAUGUCCCUAAACCCAUCGCAACGCAAAGCAAAUUCAAAUUUGGAGGCGACAAGGGACUCGACGACGAGUUUCAGACUCACUGCGAUGUCCUGAUUGUUGGAGGUGGCGGCAUCGGUAGCUCCAUUGCCUUCUGGCUGAAGGAAAAAGCGCGCAACGGUCUCAAUGUAGUUGUUGUUGAAAAAGACGAAAAGUAUACUAGAUCCGCCACGCGGGUGUCCCUUGGUGCACUAACGCAGCAGUUCUCGCUGCCCGAAAACAUACAGAUGUCACUGUUUGGUGCCGAAUUUCUACGCAAUGCACCGGAGCACUUUGGCACCGAUAUACCCAUCCAAUAUACCCCACAUGGACAACUGGUGCUCGCCGGCGAAGCGGAUGCUGACAUGCUGAAGCAGACGUCACAACUGCAAAAUGAGCUGGGCGCACGCAAUGAGCUGCUGACCGCUGAAAGAUUAGCGUCACGUUUUCCUUGGCUCAAUACUAAAGACGUCGCACUGGGCUGCCUUGGCCUGGAACGGGAGGGUUGGUUCGAUCCCUGGGCGCUGCUAACAAACUAUAGACGCGGUGCCCUCGGCUAUGGUGGUCAUUUUGUGCAUGGCGAAGUCGUUGAUUUUGUAUUCCAAAAUCAGGACGACAUCAUUGUGACGGGCGAUUCCAGCGCCACUGAAGGCAGCUAUCAGAGUCUGGAUCAGGUUGUUGUACAAAUGGCAGAUGGUGCUAAGCGCACCAUAAAGUUCGCUAUUUGCAUUAUCGCAGCGGGCGUCGACUCCGGAAAUGUGGCCAGACUGGCGCACAUUGGCCGGUCUUCAGGGUUGCUGAGGGUGCCAUUGCCCAUUGAUGCGCGGAAGCGUUAUAUGUACGAGCUUAGUGCGCAGGAACGCGAUGCUCCUGGCAUGGCAAUGCCCAUGAUACUCGACACGAGUGGUAUAUUCAUACGCAGGCAGGGCUUGGGUGGCCAUUACAUAUGCGCCCACAAUGGUCACCUGUGACAUGAUGAUCCCAACUGUAGAAAUCUCGAUUAUUUUCAUUCGAAGAUUAGACCUGAGCUUGUCAAGCGUCUGCCCGCAUUUGAAACGGCCAAUGUUGUGAAUAGCUUUGCCGGCACUUACGACUACAACGUGUACGAUGAGAACGGCAUUCUCGGCCCUCAUCCGUAUUACCACAAUCUGUAUAUUGCCACCGGUUUCAGCGGGCAGGGCAUCCAGCAGUCGCCGGCUGUCGGUCGGGCCAUCGCCGAGCUUAUUAUGGACGGACAGUUUCGCACCUUGGAUUUAUCACGUUUGAGCUUCGAUAGAUUAAUUGUGGACAAGCCCAUGUAUGAGUUUAACGCGUUAAAUUAAAUUAAGUGCAACUUACUGCAAAUCAAAAACAAAAAAAUUUAAAUGAAUAAAAAAAUAGACAAAAUAAUUAAAACAUAACAUAACUGCCCAUAAAUUAGUCAAGCAUAUCCAAUUGUUAUGAAUUUAAAAUUCAUAUUUUUAAAAUCAGCUUUAACCACUUUCUCUAUUAAAAAAAACGCUUAGAAUAAAUAUAAAUUGAAAACACAUUUGAAAUUUGAUUUUACAAAUCAUAAUUGAUAAUAAAAAAAACUUGUGAUAGAUUGUGGAUAAACACUUGAAUAACAAUGAAUAGAACACUUUAAAUUAAAUGUAAUUUAUUACACCAAUUAAUACAAAA